AUGGUCCUGGUCGAAUACCCGGAUUCAAGCUCUGAGAGUGGAGAUCAAGAUACAGCAACAAAGCACAUCGAGCAAAGAAGUGGGAAACGGAAGGCUGAGCACAUUGAACAAGGAGGACCGGAAUCCAGCAGGGCCAAACCGCCUCCGCCUCCGCCACCAUUACCAAGCUCGUUUCACUCGCUUUAUGCAACCAACGUAAGAAGUUCGACCACCGACGACCCUUCCUUGCACGCCGGUCGCACGCGUCAGGUACCCCAUGCGGUAGGUAACUGGCCCACCCACAUCUACCUUGAGUGGUAUCCGUCAAGGUGCUGGCUCGGGAUCCUCGAUAGAGUGAUACAGAGUGCAGGUCUAGCAGUAGGACCAGCACAAGAAGACUCGAAACCCCAUGUACACAGCUUUCUCCGCUCCGAGUUGGGCGUACAGUUACCACUUCAUAUCAGUCUAUCUGCUCCUCUCGUCUUGAAAACGGAGCAGAGGGACCCAUUCCAAACCCACCUCGAAUCAAGGCUGAGGCAGGGCCGUAUCAAGCCAUUCACGGUCCAGGUGUCGGGACUGGACUGGGUAGCGAAUCACGAUAAAACAAGGUUCUUCUUGGUCUUGAAACUCAUGAAGCCAGGAGACGAUGAACUAAACAGGUUGCUGUCAAUAUGUAAUGCAAUUGCUCGGCAAUUCAGCCUGCCCCGACUAUACGAAGAGCGGUGUGACACUCCGGCACGCCUCCAGUCCCAGCCGCCGAGCAAGACAAUACGCGAGAUGGCUGAUAAGUCCGAUGCUUUUCAUAUCAGUAUAGCAUGGACCCUUGUCGAGCCCGAUUAUCACGCCAGGCAAGAGCUCCACCGGCUUGCAGAUGACAAGUUGCGAGUUCUGAAAGUGAGCUUCCCACGUUUAAAGCUCAAAAUCGGGAAUUCUGUGAUCGAUAGUCCUUUCGCAACCAGCUAUGAAGGAGAGGAAUCAUAA